CCGCCCCCGCCCCGCCCCGGCCAAUCAGGCGAGGCGCCGCGAGGGGAGGUCACGUGGCGCUCGGCGCGUCCUUCCGUCCGUCCGGCCGCGCGCGGGGCCCUGGCGCGGGAGGGCGAAGGCGCCGGUGCCGCCCGGCCAUGCUGGUCAGCGAGAGGGUGAAGCGCCUUUUGAAGCUGGUGCCCGGGCAGCGGCGCUUUGGCUUUUACAGGUUCCUGCCGUUCUUCUUUGUGCUCGGCGGGGCCAUGGAGUGGUUCAUGAUCAACGUCCGCGUCGGCAAAGAGACCUUCUAUGAUGUUUACCGUAGGAAACAAUCUGAAAGGUUGUACGAGGCAAGGAUGAAGAAAGGGGAAUUUUAGCUGAAACUCUCCAAGGGGGAGCUCCUGAGUGCUUCAACUGUACAAGUGCCAAAGCUGCAGCACUGCCACGUUGAAGGUGGGGGAAGAUGUUGGCUCUGCAAGAUGAACUGUGAUCCACACAUGUGUGUAAUACACUCACAUGGUUCUUCCAUAUCUGUGAUAUUUGUAUUUAAAUGAAGUGAAAUUCAUUGUAUUUGGGGCUCUGCCACUAAUUUAAUGUUUGCUUAGUGCUUUUAAAUAAAGUAAACUGAGUAAACAGUC